GCGGUAGGUCGUGAGCGGCGGCGAGGAAUUUUUCAGGCACAUCUUGGAGCUAUGAGCCGCCGCCUUGUCCCCGUCGGCAGACGCAUCUUGGAGCAGAGCAUCAAGGAUCGGUACUACUCGGCAGGCAUUGGCACCGAGGAUGCACUCCAGCUGUUUGACGAAUUGCUCCCGGAUGCUGAGCCAUCCUCGAUCCGUGCCAUCAACUGCCUCCUCACUGUCAUCGGCCGUGAUUGCCCCGCGCUCGGCGUCUCCCACUUCAACCGCGUCGCAAGGGCCAAUGUGGCUCCCAACAGUAUCACGUACACCAUCCUCGUCGACUGCUGCUGUCGUGCUGGCCACUUGGACCUUGGUUUCGCCGCCAUGGGCCACAUCAUCAAGAUGGGAUUUACUGGAGAUGCUAUGAUCACUUUCAGCCACCUACUCAAGGCCAUCUGUGCGGAGAACAAGACCAGCUAUGCAAUGGACAUCGUACUCCGAAUAAUGCCUGAGCUUAACUGCACACCGAAUGUUUUCUCCUACAACAUUCUUUUCAAGGGUCUCUGCAACGAGAAGAGAAGCCAAGAGGCUCUCGAGCUGAUUAACAUUAUGGUUGAGGAUGGAGGUAGCUGCCGACCUGAUGUGGUGACCUAUAGCACCGUGAUUGAUGGCUUGUUGAAAGAGGGUGAGGUAGGCAAGGCUUACAGCCUAUUUUGUGAAAUGCUGCGUCAGGGGGUAUCGCCGGAUGUUGUGACCUGUAGUUCAAUCAUCUCUGGCAUGUGCAAGCUUCAUGCAAUGGACAAGGCUGAGGAGGUUCUUCAACAGAUGCUUGAUACAAGAAUUCUGCCAGAUGCUGCCACAUAUAAUAGUCUGAUACAUGGAUAUUAUUUAUUAGGACAGUGCGAAGAGGUGGAUCGGAUUUUCAAGGAAAUGUCUAGAAAUGGUGUUCAACCAAAUGUUGUAACUUACACUAUACAGAUGGAUUAUCUUUGCAAGAGCGGAAGAUGCGCAGAAGCUAGGAAGAUUUUUGAUUCUAUGAUCAGUUUGGGCCAAAAACCGGAUGUUUAUACCUACAGUAUUCUACUGCAUGGGUAUGCUAUGGAAAAAUCUUUUCAUGAUAUGCACUGUCUCAUUGAUUUGAUGGUAGAAAAUGGUAUUGCACCAAAUCAUCAUGUCUACAACAUACUCAUAUCUGCAUGUGCUCAAGAAGAAAUGGUUAGUGACGUAAUGCAUAUAUUUACAAAAAUGCGGCAGCAAGGAUUGAACCCUGAUGCAGUGAUUAGAAGCUUACUUCAGAAAGGGGAUGUGCCCAGGGCUGGGACUUAUCUGUCUAAAAUUGAUGAGAGGAGCUUCACCCUUGAAGGUUCCACAGCUACCUUGUUGACUGCACUUGCGUCAGGGGGAGAGGCCAGGAAUAUAAGGAGUUACUCCCUGAGAAAUACCACUCUUUUCUGGAACAGGGCAUUGAUUGAAACCUUUUCUAGAGAUUUUGCCUAG